AUGGCGCAGCAGGAAGGUUCGAGCGCCAUGGGAUGGGAGGUAGCAGCGGCGGGGGAUGGCGCAGCCCUCGAUCCUUCCGCAAGCCCUGGCCCUCCGCAGCUGGAAUCAGAGCUGCAACACCUUGCCCAAUCGCAGCUGGAAGUGGAGGCGCUAGAGCGCCAAAUGGCAGAACUGGCAGACCAGGAGCUCAUUGUGCAGCAAGAGCUUCACCUGCUGGAGCAUCUUCAGCCGGAGCAAGAUGAACGCACUCACCUGCUUCUGGACCAGGACAUGGGCGUGUUGGGUGGUGAUGUCAGCACAGAGGACUUUGAAUUGCGACGUGCCAAGCGCCGCACGCUCUUGUCCCAGCUCGAGGAGCGCCGAGCUGAACUCGAGCGGGACCGCCAAAAUCUUCAGCGCCAAAAGCACCACCUCUUAGCACGCAACGAGCUGCGCCCUACCGCCAGUGCGCGAUUCCCCGCAACCGUGGACAGCAUUCAAAGCUUUCAAAAACAGCUUGCCCGCGACCAACAGCGUCUCCAAGCCAGGCGUGAACAGGCUCGGCGCGAUCAACUUUUACGGCUGGCCCCCACAAACCGUCUGACAAAGGGACGCGAACAAUAUGAUCGCUGGCAACGGCCCAUCUACGACCGCUGUCGACAAAUUGUCCUUGAUAUCAUCAACCAAGUACUGGAGACUCAUGCGCUGCGUACCCUCCCCUGGGAUGUUCCAAUCGACGAUGAAUAUGCGUCCUUGCUAGCACAUGCCCAGGCUCACCGCCAAGCCUGGGACAUUUACAAAGCCGUGGUGGCCGAGGUAGUCGAGGCAGAAAUUCAUUCCAUCUGGCAUGAGCUCAAUGCCGUCUCAGACUUAGCAGCUAAACUCACCAAUCACCUCAUCCUGUCCUCCGUCUCGACGGCUUCAACUGACGACCGCCAAUUGUCAACGGCGCUGUUGACCAGCACGUUGCACGCAAUGCAGCGUGGUCGCACGCUUGACAAGUACAUCCACCAUACACAGGCCCUGCGGCGUAUGCACAAAGCUGCACCACCGGACUCAUCGCCACCCCGCCGAAGACGCUCUUCCACUCAUUCCCGGGUGGCGCAAGAACUGGGCUUCCAAGAGCUUGACCUUGACACCACUUUGGGGGCGCUUGCCCUACCCACAGACGCCUCAACUUUUAUACCUCCCACGCACGUGUGCACAGAGCUGCUCACUCGCGACCAAGAAUCGGCACUCAAGCCGGCUCUGUGUGUCCCCAGACAAUCGCUUGUCAUCAAUCAAGGCGCCCUCCGCCAGGCGCAGUCUGGGUCUCGUGCGCGUGCCAUCUUGUGUCAAUUUUACCCAGCCCUGACACUCACUGGACUACAGCCCUCACUCCUCGUGGGUUUUGACGACGGUGACAUCUGGCGUGUUGUUCUACAACCUGACGCCAAGUUGGUUGACCUGACAUUCGAGCGGCCUGAUCAGGAUAGCACCGUGCUGGGCGACAAUCUUAUGAGUGGAAAGUUUCCGGUCGAGGUAUUUCGAGGCCACAGUGGUGACUUGCUUGUGCUGGACGUUUCCCACAAGAGCAAAAAGUGUUUCUCCCUUGACUCGCAAGGUGUUCUCUUGGUGUGGAUGCGCGGACCGGAGCACUUGACCGGCUUUGGCUGGUAUGAACCGGCACAGCGAUAUCGAUUUCAAUUUUCGCGCAAGGUACUGCGUCUUCGUGAGGCUUCAUCGCAGCUCGUGUAUGAUGCACGCAAUACGGGCACGCUCUUCCGACGCAGAAGCAAGCGCCUUGAAGGUGAACACGUGCAGCUUCUGGCAGCCUGUGCUCAACAAGAUGCUUUGAUUGACCACAUGAUGGGUGCUGAGCACCACAAGGCCUACGCGCUGCCGGACAGUCAGCACGCAGAGGACGGCAUUGUCAUUGUACAGAUCGUUGGAAUAGGAGGGGCGGAGGUCUCCCAAGUGCAUCGUGCAGUCGCUGAUCCGGCCCUGCAAGAGGCGACGGCCGUUCUUGGAGCAUGCACCUCCCACUGGGCGGGUGACUUAUUCGUUGCAGCGCUCUUUGAAGCCGAAGCGCUCUGCAUGCCGACGUUGCUAUUCUAUCGUCUGCAAUUGCCCGGAAUGGAGGUGGCUCCUUUGGCAUUUCGGUUGCCAUUGAGCGCAGAACAGGCAGCUCGCUUGCUGGCUGCCAAGGGACCUGAUCGAAGGCAGAUGCUUCGACUCUGGUGUACGCCGACUACCGCAAGCAGCUCAACUGACUACCUGUGUCUCCAGCUCGAGUCAGAGCUGUUCAUCUUUGAUCUUCACCGGGGCGUUCUAGUGGGUCUGCCAGAGGCGUCAAGAAAAGAAGCACGAGUAACCCCACACCUGGUGGCGGAUGGAACCGCAACGGACCUCUGGCUUCUUCGGGCUGCCGCAAAGCAAAAAUGGUUUUUGAGCACACUGCACGCCGCCGGCGGUAUGGCCAACGCUGCCCCGCUACAAAGCGCCAGUGCACGUUGGCACAGCGGCGGGCUGUGCCGCGCAGAGCGUGACAUACGCCGGCAGCAAGCCAAGCAGAUUGCCUCUGAAAUCAUCAACGCGAGUAGCUCUGCCAAUGACAAGUCACAAAAUGCUGAGUCAUUCUCCAUUCACUUGUCAAACGACAAAGGAUGA